ACUGCGCAGAAUUUGUGAUCAGUUGAGUGGUUAAUUGUUGCGCCAUGGGAAGAAUGUAACAAUCGCUUAACCUAAAAAUUCACAGAGUGCUAUUCGAGCGUGGUGCAAACGGUCGGUGUCUAGUCCAAGAAAGGGAGAUGAGCGAUGCCGAGCUCCAGGAAGAGGAAAGAGAAGUUUUACUCUCGAUAUACGAUGGCGAUCCGGCUUUCAAGCAGUUGACACCCACGACGUUUCAAUACAAGUAUGGGGAGGAUAACGAUAUGAAAUCAUUUCUACUGGAAAUUUCAUGGGGGACAACGUAUCCUACGGAAAAACCGACCAUCAAUAUGAAUACAUUUUACAAUAAACAUAUUGUGCAAGAAGUAAAGGACAAGGUGGUGAGUCAUAUAGAGGCAGAGGCUGAGCAGUGGUUAGGUAGCGCUAUGACAUAUACGUUAUUUCAAUCUGUCCAAGAACAUUAUACAGACUUAGUGUUCAUGCAACCAGAUUCAAUCACUGAUAUAAAUUCACAUACUAGUAAAGUGAAGAUUACAGAAGAGAAUCAACAGAUCGAGGAAACGAUAAGGAAACCGAAGAAAGAACAUUUGAGUAAAGCCCAGAAGCGUAGACAGUGGAAUAAAGCAGACGGUAAAGGUGAAAGGCAACGAGGAUGGAACUGGGUAGACAUUGUAAAACAUCUAUCACAGACAGGACCUAGAUCGGAAGAGGAUUCAUAGUUUAAGAUCACACCAUUUUGUACAUUGACAUUGUAAGAGACGUGUUAUAUUUUUAUAAAUUGUUGGAAAUAAAAUCAUUUCCUUAUCUA